UUUCUUGUGACGUAAUGACGUUCCUCACGUCAGCGACAGCACACGCUUCAAACGCCAUUUGACCGAGCAGCAGUGCAGCGACGUUCCUCACCAUGUCAACAAAAGACUCAAAGCCAAAUCUCAGCCAUUCCCAGGUUACGGAGAUUAUCAGGCGGCUCUAUGGCUGGACCGUGUCCGUCAUUCGCCCGCUGCCCAGUUACGAUGAUCAGAACUUUUACGUGGCCCCCAGUGAGGGUGGAGAAUAUGUGCUGAAGGCUAUGAACUCUGCAGACAGUCACAACAUCACUCUUAUUGAGCUGCAGACUCACACCAUGAACUUCUUACACCAGAGAGGCCUUCCUGCCCAGACCGCUUUGCCCACUCUGACCGGCAAACUCAUGAGCUUGGAAGAAUUUGAUUGUGGUUUUGGCCCGCAGAAAUAUUUAGUGCGUUUACUUACCUACCUGCCUGGCACUACUGUAGCCAAAAUUACCUGCAGUCCUCAGAUCUUGUAUGAUGUUGGGAAAAUGGCCGCCACCUUGGAUACAGUUUUACUGCAAAUGGAGCAUCCAAACAUCAGUGUCCUUCAGAGAGCAGAUUUUAUAUGGAAUCUCACCAGCGUUCCUCUCUUAAACCAGUAUAUUCAUGUGAUGGAUGGGGAUCCCGUACAAAAUGUUGUUAAAGCCGUGAUAAAGCAGUACCAGAUCCAAGUCGUGACAAAACUACCAUUGUUUCGCAAGUGCAUUAACCAUGGAGACUUUAACGACCACAAUCUCUUGGUGAAACCCGAUGGACCCUCAAAAUACCAGAUCUCUGGGAUUCUUGAUUUUGGAGACAUGAGCUGUGGGUAUUUCAUAUUUGAGCUGGCCAUCACCAUCAUGUACAUGAUGAUUGAAAAUCCCAAUCCGGUAGACGUCGGAGGGCCAGUGGUGGCGGGAUGGGAAAGCGUUUUUCCUCUCAACGAGGCAGAAAGAGACUCGCUCUAUUUGCUGGUUCUCUGUCGGUUCUGCCAGUCCCUGGUUUUGGCCCGGAACGCUGUGAUCCAGCAGCCAGAGAAUGAGGAGUACUUGAUGAUCACCGCCAGAACAGGAGUGCGCCAUCUCUGCCGUCUUUGGGAGCUGGGUAAAGAGGAAGUGGAAAGAAUAUGGUUCCAGAGUGCUGCACAGUUCAGUCAACCUUGAGUUGAGUGACUGCAUGCUUAAAAAUUAUAUGCAAUAAACUGGGAUGCAUUGAAGAUAUAGUUCAGCCAAAAAUUUGAACCACAACUUGAAAUAAUGAAAGUCAUUGGG